AUGGCCAAGUCUCCUGAGGUGUUUAAUUUCAAAAUUCUCGUUAUUGGAGAGUCAAGUGUCGGGAAAAGUAGCUUAAUGACGCGCUUUGUUGAUGAAACAUUUCAAGCUACAUUUAUUCCGACAAUUGGUGUUGAUUUUAAAGUACGAACGAUCAUGAUCGAUAACUAUCAAUGCAAAGUUCAAAUUUGGGAUACAGCUGGCCAAGAACGGUUUCGUGUAAUUACAACAACGUACUAUCGAGAUGCAGCUGGUGUGAUAGUUGUCUAUGACGUUACCAAUCACGAAACAUUCUCACGUGUUUGUCGUUGGCUUGAUGAAAUCAAGAAAUAUUGUGAUGAUAACAUCAUCAAAGUACUUGUUGGGAAUAAAGCCGAUGUCAUUUCAGUGGAGGAUAGUCCUGUGCAAAAAGUUGUCUCCACCGAACAAGCGCAACAGUAUGCUCAGGAGAUGAAUAUUCCAUUUUUUGAAACUUCGGCAAAGGACAACAAGAAUGUUGAUAUUCUUUUCCAUACAAUAGCACGUUUAGCAUUAGAUCAACGUUUGCAAGCUCGACAGAAAUCUCAAUUAUUACAACGACAAGAUCUGACUAAUGGAAUAGGAUCAUCUCAAGGAAUUCGUCUGAAAGGAUCGAAGAAGAAAACGAGUGCGAAUUGCUGUAAAUAG